AUGGCCUCGCAAGAUGAGCAUCACCACUACCAUCCGAAGGAUACGAUCUCGGCGGCGAUGAAGACCACCAUGCUUACCGGUGCAGUGGGUCUUUUCGCGUCGGCCGUCCAGAACACCCUCACUAGGAAGAACGUUGGACCCUGGGGUGUCUUCGUGCGAAGCGGCGGGACAAUCGGUGUUUUCGCCGCAAUGGGUGGUACCUACGAGUUUGUGAAGAACGCCUCGGCCAACCUGCGGGAGAAGGACGACCACUACAACGUAGCCCUCGGCGGUUUCUUCUCCGGAGCUAUUCUGGGUCUUCGAGCUCGGACAUUCCCCGCCCUUCUGGGUUACGGGGCUGCUCUGGCAACGGCCAUGGGCGCCUUCGAGUUCACUGGCGGAACCCUGUGGGGUAAAAAGGCACAAAGCGAUCUAGAUGAAUUUGAUCGCCGUACACAGAUCAGAAAGGCGUACAGGACUCCAGCGGAGCAGACAUUUGCCGAGUUGGGUGAGGGACGAGGUAUCUACGGCCCCGGAUACGCAGAGAGACGCGCAGAAAGACUUAAGGAGACAUACGGCAUUGAGGUUCCCACAUCCGCCGCACCCGCAUCAUAA